UAGAAAUUCAUCCAAAAAAACAGUUUUCUCAAAGAGAUAAGUUAAGAUGAUAUCAAAUUGGAGCAAAGUAAAGAGUGUUCCAAAAUCCUACAUUUUCCCAGUCGGAGAAAGACCAGACGAUAAUAUAAUAGCCCCCUUUUGUAAUUCAAUCCCAAUCAUCGAUCUUCAAUCCCUCUCCUCUCAAAGAACUGAAAUCAUCAACCAAAUCUUGAAGGCUUCUCAAGAUUAUGGAUUCUUCCAGCUGAUUAAUCAUGGGAUAUCUGGGGAAUUAAUAAGGGAUAUGAUGCUAGUAGCUGAAGAAUUAUUUGAUCUACCAACAGAAGAUAAAGCAAGAUUAUAUUCUGAUGAUCCAAAUAAACUUUGUAGAAUGAAGAUGAGUAUUGAUUAUGCUAAAGAGAAGGUUCAUUAUUGGAGAGAAAAUUUUCAGCAACCCUGUCAUCCUCUUCAAGAUUAUAUCAAUGAUUGGCCAACAAAUCCACCAAGAUACAGAGAGGUGGCAGGGAGAUAUGCAGUUGAAGUGAGAAAAGCAAGCUUAUUGAUUCUUGAUUUAAUUUGUGAGGGAUUGGGACUUGAUAAUGGGUAUUUGAAGGAGAAUUUCAGUCAUCAACAAUUGUUGACUGUAAAUCAUUACCCAAAAUGCCCUGAUCCAAGUUUGGUUCUUGGAUUGCCAAGCCAUUGUGAUCCACACAUGAUCACAUUUCUGAACCAGGGUCAAAUUCCUGGUCUUCAAGUUUACAAGGAUCAACAAUGGUUUUAUGUUGAGCCAAUUCCGAAUGCUUUUGUGGUCAAUAUUGGUUAUACUUUGGAGAUAAUAAGUAAUGGGAAGUUGAAGAGUGGGGUUCAUAGAGUGGUGACCAAUUCGGAUAAAGCUAGGACGACUGUUGUGAACUUCAUAUUUCCUUCACUUGAAACCCACAUUGAACCGGCAAAGAAGCUGGUCCAUGGCAGCAAGAAUGGAUCACCUUUGUUUAAAGAUUUCAUCUUUAAGGAUUUCUUCGUCUCCUAUUUAACUGAUAUUCGAAAUGGGAAUGACCCGUUACAUCAAUACAUAAUUCGAAGCUAGACCCAUUUACCUCCACGAGAGUCAUUAGGUUUGGCCGGUUCAAUUCAUUUUGAUUUGGACGAUUCAAUGAUUUUUGUUAUGUUUCCUUAGUGGGUAUUUUAAUAAGUAUUGAUUAAACCAUACAUCUUAAACUAUC